CCUAGGGAAAGCUCAGUGUGGAGGAGGCUGUAGGGUUACUGGGAAUCACAGGCUCUGCCACGAUGAUCCGGCGGCGGUGGUAUUGCGGAGAGAUGGUGGCGCCAGCAAUCAUCGCUUGAUGAGAGUGAGCAGCAGCAGGAGGAUUUGGAUUCCCAGGAUCGAUUCGCUUGCACGCGCGUGUGCGCGUCGGAUCGGAUGAUGAAGCAAGUGGGCAGCUUUGCAAAGAAUGUGACGCCCAGUUGUGUGGGGUCUUGGAUUUGGAUGCUUGUGCCGACGCGUGCGCUCGAUCCGUUUGUUCUACGCAGCAUUGGAACGAUGUUUGUAUGCGGCGAUGCUAGAGCGAGAUGAGACUGCUCGGCUCUAUGGGCGGUACAACGCCGACAAGAAAGAAGAGCUCAUAUUGACGGCGACGAGGAUUUCAUGGAUGAUCUUGCGGAAGCGCCACCGCCCCCAAAGAUCAUCCAGUGGGAACCAUCAGGGACUGCUUCUCCGGACAUAGAUUGGCCCUCUUUCGCUGUUCUAACUUCUCUCUGCCAGAAAAUCGAUCACGUCGCUUGGAAGGGGAGCGCAAGGCUUUAAAGCGGUGCAUUACGUCCAAGCAAUACGAGCUUGUAGCAAGGCAGCGCAGAAACUCCCGGAUUGCAGCAAAUGUUGGAGCCCGAGCUGAUGGAGUCCAGGCUCUGGAGCUCGGGUUUUGUGGCCGAGCACUCUCGGACCAAAUGCUGCACAGCUGAGAAAGCUCCGGCUGCAUGGGAACUACGUCUGUCAGACUCGGAACUACAGGCGGUUAUACGAUCCAAGCUAUCAAUGCAGAGAAGUUUUUUCUCCUAUACUUUAUUCUUUCUUCUGUGAAACGAAAACGAUCGCAAGGAGAAAAGGCUAUUAUGGUAUCACGCGUUUUUGGAUUAGGGGGCUCUUGGCGGAGGGAGUUCGCCGGUGGAUGAGCGCUCUGAGGCGGCGACGCAAGCUAUGACGAUCGCCCUCUACAUCAGGGAUGUCCUAUAAAGAGGCAUAAUGUAGCUUAGCUAGUGAUUGAUCGAUCGCCUGGAAAUACUUCUUGCAGUGAUCCCGUCCCGCAAGAAGAUCACGAUUUCAUAGCUCCGCAUCCGACAUGGCUGCCUCCGAUUGAGCAAAGUAGCACCGGAUCGCGACCGAGCAGUGUCAUCGUCUUCAUCUGCCGCAUUGAUUGCCGCACUGGAUCAACUGGCCCCAGCGAUUCCCGAUUCCCGGGCAACCAAGAACUGCAAGAGGACUUACACUGCGAUCAAGAGGCUCAUGAAUAUAAGAAGAAAGGCAAGCCGGAGUGCUGUCGGGACUGGAGCAAGAAUGGAGGGCACUGCGCUUGGAAUUUGGAGCCUCUACAGCCCGUCACGCUUAUACAUUUUUAGGCUUCUCUACAAUCAGAUUGAAAUGAUUUGACAAAUUUCGGCUCUUGGUUUUACCAGAGGUCGACACUGCUACGUGUGGAAUCCAUACAAUAGGCUCGACUUUGUCAUUGUUUUCGAUUCCUGCUCUUUGGGAGGUGCAUAACUGGACAUAAUUUUUUCGCGCGGACAGCCGUGUUCCGCGUGUUUCGGGGCCUGCUAGCGUUGAAGCACGUCACAUUUUUUGCCGAUGUCAUAGUAUGGUUUGUAAAUUUCUGAUUUGUGCAUUGUUAACACUUGACAAUAGGCCAUCAUGGCGGCCGUGAAAAAAAGCGUUGGUCCUCUCCAAAACGUUAUCCUUUUGACGUUUUUUCUGUUGGUUUUCUAUUCUCUACUAGGCACGCAGUUCUUGCAAAACUCGAUGAAUCAAAGGUGCUUUCGAACAGCGGACAGGCAACUGGCUUAUCCGAUGCGCUUUUGUGACAAAAAAGCUGCUGGCGGCUACGUAUGUCCACCAUUUCAGAACUGUAUGACAUACGAGAAUCCCAACCAUGGAGCGACAACUUUUGAUUAUCUCUGGUAUUCGCUGCUUACCAUGUUUCAGGUGAUAACUUUGGAAGGAUGGAGCCUCGUCAUGCAUGAUGUGAAGGAUGCUGAAGGGGAGCGAGCCAAUAAGACAUUGAUAACAUUGUGCUCUUAUCGUCCUUCAAGUAUGGCAUGUCAAAACGAUUGUUGCAUACGCUCGACGGGUUGCAAGCAGUAAUGCUUUUUUCUUUUAGCGCGGAACUUCUGCUGUACUUUCUAGGGUACGGUCCUGGCGAUUUUUUUUGCCACGGAAUGAAUUUGCUGGACUUGAUAGUCGUUAUGAUAUCUAUUGUUCUCAUUCGUUUCCAAAUUUAACAAUCAUGCGGUGGUUUUACUCUUCAAA